AUGGUCGGCGUACCACGCAGCACCGGCUGCCACUUGUGCCGCAAGAGGCGGGUGAAAUGCGAUGAAGUGAAGCCAGCAUGCGGCAACUGCGCGAAAUACGGCGCAGAAUGCCCAGGCUAUGAGAGAAGCCUCAAGUUCGUGAGCGAGAAGCACCAAGUCCGCACAAAGAGGAACCGAUCGUCGCCGGGGAGCAGCAGCUCGGCGUGGUCCGUGGUGACGGCCGGCGGCAGCGGCCGGUCCAGCCCGGUGUCGUCAUCACCCUCCUUCGUCCUGGAACCAACGCCUCACCGCGGCCAAUUCGUGUCAACCAUGGUCGAGACGGCGCGAGCGGCGAUCGAGGAGCGCGACGCGAGCGGCUACUUCAGCUGGGUGCGGUUCGGGACGGUCGGGUCGUACGCGAUCCUCGACGGGGCGCUGUGCGCACUCGCGACGCACCUGGUCGGCAAGGACGUGGGCAACGCCGACAUGGUCGCGCACAGCCGCACCAUGUACGGCCGGUCGCUGCACAGCCUGCAGCAGGCGCUGCACCACCCGACCCGGUGGCGGGCGUCGGAGACGCUGUGCACGGCGAUCCUGCUCUGCGUCUUUGAGCUUUUUGCAGGCACGGCAUCGUCGGAUUCGUGGCUGCAACAUGCCCGCGGCAUCGGCAUCUUGAUGGAGCAGCGCGGCGCAAAGGCGCAUCGAGAUGGCUGGGAUGCUGCCAUGCUGCUGUCCUUCCGAGGCGUUCUGAUUAUGAGUGACCUCUUCUUCCCCAGAGGAGACGAGUGCUUCCUCACGCGGCCGGAAUGGCGUACUGUGAUGCGUGACCGGGGGAGGCACCUGUUGCAGGCGCCCGACUUCAACGACGAGGCCAUCGAGGCCGUCGACGAGUUCAACGACCGCCUGGCCGAGAUCCCUGCCGUCGUCAAGGUCGGCUACCCCGUGAUGGAAGCCGCCAAGCAGGGCCUGCCCAUCGACCCCGCCGCCGCCGCCACCACCCUCCGGCUCGCCGCCGCCUGCCACGCGCGCAUGUCCUCCUUCUGGUCAUCCUACGGGCACCUCUUCCCCGCGCCCGCCGAGGCGCCGUCGCGCGACCCGCGGUCGCCGUACCCCGUGGUGCUGUGGUACGAGCGGCGGUGGGCGGCGACGCUGCAGAUGUCGCACCACGCGACCAUGUGCCUGCUGCAGGAGUUUUUGCAGCGGCUGGGCCGCCCGCCGGAGACGUUCGCGACGUCGCAGGAGGCGUACACGCGGGUCAUCCUGCGCUCCGUGGAGGACAUCAGCCAGGGCCCGCUGGGGCCGUACAGGAUCGGGUACGCGCUGCGCAUCGCGUACGAGCUGGCGGACGCGGAGGCGCAGGCGUGGAUCCGCGGCUGCCUGGACCGGUUCAAGAGCACGUACGCGGCGACGGAUAAGCAGACCUACCCGGACAUGCGGACGGAUAACAAGGGCUAUCGGUGA